AGACAGAGCCACCCAGACAGUCUGGUGUUGCAGUGAUUCAGUGACACGCUGUGUCACACGGUUACUAGAAACCCAGAGAAACGAGUGAUCUCUCCCACAUGCCAUGGAAUCCAAUAACUUGACCAGGACAUUCUGACCAGAGAAGACCAGAGCCGGGAGGUCUCCCCUGGGAUCAUGGUCAGUGGAGCAGUGCCUCUCACCUCCCCACUCCCUCUGGGGCAGAGUCCCCUCGUUCCUCUCUGGUGUGUUAUUUUAUCCAUCUGCAGUUGGAGCACCGUUGAGGCCAAUCUGGACAAUGUCUCGCUCCCCACCGGGGAAGGAACAGGUGGCAAUGGCCAGUAUGCAGAUACUUCCAGAGUGUACACAGACCAGGAUGAACGUCUCAAAGUGUUUUCUCUGGAUUACAAUAACGUGCAAAUUCCCUUUGAAAUCACCCUGUGGAUACUCUUAGCUUCUUUGGCUAAAGUUGGCUUUCAUCUCUAUCGCAAGCUUUCCACCAUUGUGCCAGAGAGUUGUCUACUGAUCAUCAUUGGUCUGCUGGUUGGAGGAAUCAUCUUUGCUGCUAAUCAGCGAUCACCCCCUGUUAUGAGCACCCAAGUCUUUUUCCUGUAUUUAUUGCCACCCAUAGUACUGGAUGCUGGCUACUUUAUGCCCAGUAGAUCUUUCUUUGGAAACAUUGGAACCAUCUUGUGGUAUGCUGUGGUUGGAACACUGUGGAAUAUAAUUGGGAUUAGCCUCUCACUGUAUGGCAUUUGCCAGAUUACAGCUUUUGACUUGGAAGAUAUCACGUUACUGCAGAUACUAUUGUUUGGUAGUUUGAUCUCUGCUGUGGACCCUGUGGCAGUGCUCGCAGUGUUUGAGGAAAUUCAGGUGAAUGAGCAGCUUCACAUCCUGGUGUUUGGAGAGUCGCUUCUGAACGAUGCUGUCACUGUGGCACUGUACAACUUGUUCCAGUCAUAUUGCACGAUGCAGACCAUUGAAACCGUAGAUGUGUUUGCUGGAAUUGCAAAGUUUCUUGUGGUGGGCAUUGGUGGUGUAGUGGUCGGGAUUAUUUAUGGAUUUGUUGCAGCCUUCACCACUCGCUUUACUGAGAAUGUUCGCAUAAUCGAGCCGCUGUUUGUCUUCUUGUACAGUUAUCUCUGUUACCUCACAGCAGAAAUGUUACAUCUAUCAGGCAUCAUGGCGUUGGUGGCCUGUUCUAUAACCAUGAAGCGCUACGUGGAAGAAAAUGUUUCACAGAAGUCCAGCACCACCAUUAAGUAUUUCAUGAAGAUGUGGAGCAACGUCAGUGAAACUCUCAUAUUUAUCUUCCUUGGAGUGUCAACCAUCACAGAGACUCAUGAGUGGAACUGGGCUUUUGUGUGCUUCACCCUCUUAUUCUGCUUGUUUUGGCGUACUUCUGGAGUUGUUGUGCUGACCCAGAUCAUUAACAAAUUCCGUGCCAUGAAGGUCACUCCCAAGGAUCAGUUUAUUAUUGCCUACGGUGGACUGCGUGGAGCUAUUUGCUUUUCACUAGUAUUUCUACUGCCCCCUGAUAUCUUUCCUCGAAAGAAUUUGUUCAUUACGUCAACCAUUGUGGUCAUAUUCUUCACAGUCUUUAUUCAGGGAAUGACUAUCCGCCCAUUGGUUGAAUUUUUGGAUGUUAAAAAGUCACAUAAAAAGCAGCCAACAGUGAGUGAAGAGAUUCAUAUUCGGUGCCUUGAUCAUCUACUGGCAGGUGUUGAAGAUAUCUGUGGACAGUGGAAUCACUAUUACUGGAAAGACAAAAUCAAACAGUUUGAUCGCAAGUUCUUAUCGAAGCUUCUGAUCAGAGAAAACCAGCCAACAUCUAGCAUUGUUUCUUUGUAUAAAAAGCUGGAACUCAAACAGGCUAUUGAAUUGGUUGAGACAGGACAACUGAGUAAGGUGUCGUCAACUGCUAACCUCCUGAAUAAGAAGCAGAAACCAGAAAGCGGCUUCUCUCCUGAAGAACUCAAGAAAAUUAAAGAAAUCUUGGCCAAAAAUCUGUACAAUACAAGACAGAGGGCGCUGUCAUACAACAAGCACACUCUGCCGGAAGAGGCCUCUGAGAAUCAGGCUAAGGAAAUCCUAAUUCGACGCCAUGAGAGUCUGCGGGAGAGUAUGCGGAAAACUGGGCAAGCCCGGAGUCCGCGUGCUACAAAUCAUCAGUCUCGUAACACCAGGCUUCGUUCUAAACCAAACAAAAGGAACCUGAAUAUUACAGCUUCUUUCUCAUCAGCGGGUCAUAACAGCGAUUUAGAAUUGGAUUCAAGGAAAAAUUCUAAACUGGGAUCGUCGCCAAGACAGGCUUCAUUCAGAAUGGAGUGGAGGAAUGAAGUGGAACGGCAAAAUAGGAGUCGAAAGGUUAAUGCCGAAAGUGACAGUGUAACAAGCCAAAGUAAUGCUGGUAGUGAAAGAAGAGCACUGAUGCCAAGGACAAGGUUUGGUACCCUGAGUCCACAGGAUGAGCAAGGUCAGGAGAGAGGGAGAAGCCGGCAAGGAUUUGUUGACUCCCCACCGGUCAGUUGGACAUCAGAUCCUGAAAGUCCCUGAAAAUGCUGAAACAGCAGAUCCUUUGCAUAGAAGACCAAAAUAGUGAUGAUUGAUUGCUGCACUGCAUAGAACAUUUCAGUGGAUUCGAUGAUGUUCAGUUAUCCACACUAAAUAUUAGUUUAAUGUAAACUAAACUACUUAAACAAUAUUUUAUUCAUAACAGUUUAAAAUAAUGUUUUACUCUGAGGGCUCAGAAAGUUGGUGGACUCUUUAAGAGUUGGUGCUUAAGUAAACCCUAGGCGGCCGCUAAAUUUCUGUCCAGAUUCUGGGACCUGACAUUUGCUAUUUUGUCUGUGGGCAUCAUUAUCACAUCAAAUGUAUUGUGAAGUACCAUUAAUUUACCACCAUAGUAUAUGUGAUUCAAUACCUGAUUCUUGCAUCAUCUCAAUUUUAUGCUAUGCAAUAUUUUUAGAGAACUUUACUUCUGUUUUUUUAAACAUGUGAUGAAAAUCUACACGAGUUGAAAGUUAUGAGUUAUAAAUGCUCAGUCCUCCCUACGGGAGUAAGGCCCUUUAAAUAAAGUUGUUUUUGGUGUCACUUUUUGUUGAAAAAAUCUUCAGCAAUGACUGUAAAAUGUAGAUUUUCCAUAUACAAUAGGAAAAGAUUAAUUGAGAUUUUGUUUACGCAAACUUGUAAUAAAUAGAAUAUAUAUUGUUCAGAUGCAGAACAAUAGUUUAAACUUUGAGAUUUAGUGUUUUGUGUAAAUGGCACAGAGUGGGAUUCAACAGAUCUUUUACAAAGUGCUGGCACAGUCAUGACAGGCUGAAUGAUUGUCUUCUGUGUUGAAACAUUCUAUGAUCUGAUUUCCCAAUUUGCAACAUCACCUAUAAAAUACAGUCACUGCACUUUACAAUAAAUCCUAUGAAACAGU